CCGGGGUCCUUCCUCUCCUCGUCUACUCGAGGGUCAUGUACCGAAUUGCAUAGCAACCUUCCCUCUUAAAGAAUAAAGCCGUGUUUUAAAGUAGGCGCAUUUAAUCUGUAUAUUAGUUGAAGAGAGAUGAUGGGCGGCAGGACGAGUGCGAUAGCGGCCGGAGUCGGCGCGGCGCUUUUCGUCGGUUACUGUAUUUAUUUCGACAGAAAGCGAAGGAGCGACCCAAACUUCAAGAGCAAGCUGAGAGAACGAAGGAGGAAGCAGAAAGUAGCACAGGAGAAAGCAGGACUCUCACGGCUACCCGAUUUGAAGGACGCUGAAGCUGUUCAGAAGUUCUUCCUGGAAGAGAUUCAGCUGGGAGAAGAGCUGCUGGCGCAGGGAGACUAUGAGAAAGGAGUGGACCACCUGACCAAUGCUAUAGCAGUGUGUGGUCAGCCUCAGCAGCUGCUCCAGGUGUUGCAGCAGACUCUGCCUCCGCCCGUCUUCCAGAUGCUGCUCACCAAACUGCCCACCAUCAGCCAGCGCAUCGUCAGUGCACAGAGCUUGAGCGACGACGACAUCGAAUAAAGACGAGGCCCUUUUUAAAGCCGUGAUCCUCCCGCAGUGUGCAGCCUUCUCUCAGCAGUUUCACUCCUCCAUGUUUAAAUCACUGUUUCUUUCUAUCCAUUGUGCAAAAUAGCCACCAAACAACCCUCAUAAAAAAAUAUGAAAAGAUUAUACAAGCCUGUAAAUUUUACCAUCAGAUAUUGGAAAUGUCUUACAGUGUUUUGGUAACAUUUAACUGUAUUUUAUCAGAUUUAGAGGUUUGUGCUGUCUGCACACAGCCGGUGUUGGUUUUUCAUUUUUUUUUUGAAUGUUGUAUAAACUGAGAAAAACGAAACCCGAUCUUCUGAUUUCUUUAUUAGGGAAGGGGAAAAAAAACCCCACCCAAGUCAGCAAAUAUGCAACGCACAUUCAUAAGCUACCGUGUCACGGACGACGUUUACACGACCCGAGUCCGUCCCGUAAUCCCCUUUCUACUACCAAGCUAACUCUUCUGAAGACUUCAUCGUUAACUGAUGAAGUAUGUGUAGGAUAAAUCCCAAACGUAUGGUCGGUAGAGUUAGCAAAGCUCAGAACGCUGGACUAUUCCUCAAUCAUGUUUGCAUUCAUGUGGGAGAAAAAAAAAAAAAAGAAGAAAGAAGGCAGGGGAGUAGAGGUGUGUGUGUGUGUCUGGACUGUGGUUUUUAACUAAUGGGAGUGGGUCUCAACCUCAACUAGUCAGGCAGUGGUGCAGUGCUCAUAUUUUACCAUACGUUUACCAUCAUCUCCAAGUUUGUCUUCAAUAUCUUCUUUAUCCUUGUGGUUUAUUUCAUUAUGUUUUAGGGAAAUUGACCCAGCUAAGUUAAGCUCAAACAGGAUGUGAUGAUUAAAAAUGUCUGCCGGGGCGAGCAGCAAUGAGACAACUAACUGGGACAAACAUUCCUUGAAAACUUGGAAAUUUCUUUUCAACCCACAAGUCAUCGAGUUUAAAAGAAAAAUUGGCUUCUUUACAGGAGUUAACCAUAGUAUUUACUUUGGAUUAAUCAGCAUAGACACAUGCUGGUUAAAUCUGUAACACUGACCACACAGUUCACUCUCUGUGGAGAAAGUUAAUAGAUCAUAUAAACUCAAAGUUGGCUGGAUUGUUGCUCACAAAACAUACUCCAGCUACUGUGUGGUUUUUCCCAGCUCAAAAAAAUAGUGAGGGGAUUUAACCUAAAAAAAAAAAAAAAAAAAAACCCAAACCUAACCCACCCACACACACACACCUCUAGACGAACUACAGAGCUCAAUUGAUUUGCUAGGAAUCUAGCACUGAGCUCAACACUAUUUAAAUUAACUCUAUUUGUGAAUCUCUAGAGUUCUACAGUGAAUUAACUGAGUUUUGUAGUACAGACUUACGUCUUCAGAGCAAGAUUUUUAUUCAUCUAUUUUUUUUUUUGUACACUGUAAGCUUUCUGUAUGACUUAUCUGAUACUGCAGUACAUUUGAAGGUGUUUGUGUUUGCUUUUAUUGAGAACAUUAAUAUGAUGGAAUCUUUUUUUUAACCAAUAAACAAAUGGAUGAAUCUGA